AUGGCGAGCGUUAAUUUGCAGAUGCCGCUCAUUGCAGCCGCCACCACCAUUCUGACCAUUGUCAGUGGCAGUGCAUCAACCUCAGCAGAGACGGCCAAGAAUCCGCCUCUAUCGUAUCACAAUGUGGGGUCUUUGUUCGGUGGAAAUCGAUGGCUGCCUAUGGAUCAGGCACAUCAGCAUCAUCAUCCGAAUCAUAGGUACGGCAUUGCGGGUGAACGGCGUGCCUAUAGCAGAAGCCAUUCCGUCCAAGGAUUAUCCACGGUGCUCAAUGGCCUCACAAAUCUCUCGGGCCUGGGUCACAUUAGUAAUGGGUACGGCUCCGUGGCACCCACCCACACGGAGGCCCUGGCCCUUGGGUCCACAAAGCAGGAGAUUCCUAUUUACGAGGAGAACAAUGAAGAAGCUGCCGUGGCGGCCGUUGCAGCAGCUGGAGCCCAUGAUUUUGGAUCGGGAAGUGGACAAGCUGGUGGUGGCCUGGAGGACCAUCAGCAGCAUUCGCCGAUUUACAAUUAUCCCGAUGGAGGAGGAGGAGGAGGAGGAGGAUUCCAGCCAGCUUACGGUGGAGCAACAGCCUCUGCGUCUGGUAUUGACCAGGGCUACGGAUCCUGGUCAGCAUCAUCGGGUCCGGAGGAGCAGGCGGAACAGCAGGCACCGCAUCCUUAUGCAUACGAUAAAAUCUCAAUGGGGAAUUUCCUGCCAACGUAUGACCACGGUGCUGCAUACAAUGACCAGCAGGCGCAACUCUACCACCAUCAGCAGCAGUCGCAACUCCAGCAGCAACAGGAGCAGCUCUUCCACCAGCACCAACAGCAGCAGCAGCAACAGCUCCAGCAGGAGCAAGAGCAUCACCCAUCCUCCUCCUCCUCCUCAUACUUUGGCCAACACGACCACUCUCCGUCUGGUUCCGGUUCGGCAUCGGCCUCAUCCGCCUCGAGCGGAUCUGGCGGUGACGAUUACGAAGAGCAUCCCGAUGCUGGCCAGGAGCAGAGCUCCAACUACUUGUCCGAGGCAAGUGGUCAUGGCCAGGCCCACACCCAUCACUCGCAUCACGUGGACAUUAUCAACUAUGUGCCGGUGAAGCAUGUGAAGAAGCAACAUGUCCCGGUGGAGAAAGAGGUGAAGAUUCCCGUCUCCCAUGCGGUGAUCAUACCCGUUCGUAAGCCUGUUCCCAUCCACAUACCGAUCACCAAGAACAUUCAGGUGGCCGUGGAAAAGGAACUAAAGGUGCCCGUGGAGCGGCUAGUGCCUGUGCCCGUGGAGAAACAUAUUCCGGUGCCGGUAGAGAAGCACGUGCCGUAUCAUGUGGUCAAGUAUGUGCCCAUAAAAGUGCCCAAACCGUUUCCCGUAAAGGUGCCCGUCUUCAAGACGGUGCUGCACAAGGUCAAGAGUUGGUGGUAG